AUGAACUGCUCAUACUACCAUAAAGACGCCUAUUUUUUGGGUUUGAAAAUCUUAUCAGUACUGGAAACGACGGUAAUGUUCCUCGCGAUCUACUGUAUCAUUUUCGAAUCGCCCAAAUCGAUGAAAACCUUCAGAUGGCUGCUUUUGAACCAACAAGUUUGGUUGGUUCAUUUAUAAGUCUCUCAAAAAAACAUAAAAGUCCAAAAUAAGUCCUUCAAAACAUUACCUUUGAAUAAAAAAACUUCAAAUCUACAUAGGUUUUAGAGAAAAAAAAAUCAACGUGUAACUUCCAUUUGUCGAAAAAUGAUUCGAAUAAUAAUACAUAUAUUUUUCCCCUUCAAAGUACGUUUCAAAGCUGAGAGAAAAAUGAAAUUAGUCCUCAGGAAUCCGUUUUCGCUUCUUCAUACUGUUUGAUCCAACCUAAUUCACUUUUCUCUUUUACUCGGCAAAUUUCAGGAUCCUAAUACUUCAAAUCGUCCUUGGCGGCCUAAUACAACCAGUUCUAUAUAUUCCAGCAAGUGGCGGACGGGUUCAUGGACUUCUGAGUGGGAUAAUAUCUCCGUCGACUCAAUAUUACAUCGCUUUCUUCAUAAUUGGGUGUGAGGGUUCAAAAAUAGCCAAAAACGUCAUUGAGAGCCUGUUUCAACCCACCUUCCAAGCCAUACGUCGGCUGGAUUUUUACCCCGGGUGCGGCCUACCCCCCCCCUCCCCCUGAAACUGCGGCCUACCCCCCCUAAAACUGUGGCCUACUCCCCCUGAAACUGCGGCCUACCCCCCCUAAAAACUGUGGCCUACUCCCCCCAAAAUUGCGGCCUACUUCAGUACAUUUUUUUCGCGCGCAAAAGGCUGGGGUGGGGUCCAGCCGAUUUAUCUUACAAGAGUGAAAAAGAAAAAUUCAAAUUUACUUCAUUCUUCAUUCUCAACAGUUUUUGAUUGAAAAAAAACUACUCCUUCAAAUUUUAAUUUUUUUUUUACAACGUAUGACUUCACCUCCUCCUUCCCCUAAAAAACCAAAAUGAACAAUUUUUCUAGGCGUUGUCGCAUCGACAGUGGCCUUGUUCGAGUACAGAUACCAGGCGAUUCUUCCCAACAAUUCCAUUCUAAAACUAUCUAACAAAACUCGAACCAUCAUGUUUAUUGUAAGAAUGGCUAUCGUCAGUAAUAAUUCCCUACCGCCUCAAUUUUGGCUGGACUACGGGAAUGGGGCAAGAGAGCAAUGGAAAGAGGUAGGUUCGGAAAAAUCUGGAGCUAAAUCUCAAAAAUCCCACAACAACCGCAAACCUUUCGAUAGGGUCAUGAAUUUAUAAAAAUUGUGGAGACCAGACAAAAUUUGACAUCAAAGUGAAUACACAUGAAUGAAACUGAGAAGAAGUAGAUUUUCCUCAUUAAACUUAUUUUAGACUAAAUUAUUUUUCUAUAAAUUAAUUUUCAUUUUCCAGGCGCUUCCCUGUCUCCCAGACGAAGCUCUAUCCAUAAAAUACACAGUUUUCGUGGAGCCUAUGAACUUCAAAUUCGUGAUCGUUUUUCUAGUCUUAGCGGGUGUUCCAAGCUUCGUUGAAGCCGCUUUCUACGUUCUAGGAUCUUUUCGGUUGGUUUUUCGGCUAUUUCAAUAAAAAUUUAAUUUAAAUUCAGCCGCCUCAACCCAUUCAUCAACCGUGGGUAUUCGGACAAGACCAGACAACUUCAGUGGUCAUUCUUGAAAGCAUUAAUGAUUCAGGUUUUGAAAAUAUACGAACUUGAGGAAUUUCAAAAAUCAAUAAUUCAAGGAAGCUGUGCCGAUACUACUAACUUAUCCAGGGCCUAUUAUCUAUUUUAUCUUCAGCGCCUACACGCGGUAUAUCAACACGGGUUAGUUUCUAUCUAGAAAACGUCCGAAAAAACAACCAAACAUGAAAAAAAAUUACCUGUCAUUAAUGGUUCCUCAAACGAUAAAAAAAAGGCUUUCCGUCCUCAGCAUAGCAUUGCGCCUGACCGCUGCAACGUUUCAGAUCGGAUACAUAAAAUCAAUCCUCACAAAAGCGAAGAAACUUUGCAAAAACAAGAAAAAAAAAAGAAAAAAUGUCGUAAAAAUUCUGAAAAUUGCAUUGUCCGCAACAUCUGGUGUUUACACCUUUUACGCUUACCGUAAUCCAAAAUAUUCAAAAAUGGCUUUUUUCAGAUUUGAACAAUCUUGCGGUGCUAAUUCUAAUGAGCCAUGGUAUGUUUUCGGGUCUCGCCGUAAUUUUGGUCAACAAGCCAUACCGAGAAUUCUUCUGUCGCAUUUUCCAAACCAACAUCGUUUCGGGGAAAAACAAUUUAUUUAUCGACAGUCCGCAGAUGAACAUUUUAAGCUUCACUAUUUCGUGA